UGCAAUGUUUGGAUUGUACAUUUUAAGACUUCCUGCUAAUUUAGUUAGUGGGAUGUAGCAUUCAGGAGAGCGCUUCUCUAAUAACAUUCAUCUGCUUAAUUUAUACCUCGUACGUAAUAAAACUAGCUAAAAGUAGAAACACUUUAUAUUGUUCUUUAUAGGCUUUUCCAAAUGGACAGGGGCCACUUAACAUUGACCUCUUUGUGAAGGAUUUAGGCCAGAUGCCUAAGGAGAAUCACCUGCCUGUGUUCUGCAUUGCUUUUGAUCUUGUAUUUCAUCCUGUGAGUUCCCGUGGGAGUUCACUGGAAUCACACAUCGGGCUCAGACACAAUGGCCAGCUCUUCCUGCUCACAGAAGGAGUGAACCCAUGCUGAAAACCCAGAUUUGGUGUUUUCCUGUGGAGCUGGCCCUAAAAUAACCCGCUGGGUGAGGGGCAGCAGCAAUUCCAGUGUUACCUCUCAGGGAUGCCACAUUCUUCUCACUGCUAAGCCCAACCAAACACCUGGGUGUGCACCUGCAGGGGAUUGCAAUCUGGGUUUGAAGGGGAUGGGGAGAGGCAGAGCAUGCUGUGAGCUUCCCUUUGCACAGGACCAGGUAAUACCAACAGCUUUGAGCCUGAUUAACCCCUAGGAGAGCAUUGCCCCGUGCUUUUGGCAGCAGGACCAGUGCAAGGAUGGUGAGGAAGCAGCAGGCCUGUAAGCUCCACAGAUAAGGAACUGCAGCAGCCCCUGCCAUGAAGGCAACAGAAGCGGUUCCAGAAGUGCCUUUAUUCUCUGAGCUGGAUAAAACACCAGCCCUUCAACACGCAUACAUCUCCCUCAGCACCUCCUUGCUGUAACAAAUGAUGCUGAAGGUUUCUGAGGUCCUGAGGAGGUGCUCAAGUCUCAGCCACGUUCCCACAUCAUCAUCUGACUGCAAUUCAUGUGACUGCAGAAUCUUCCCCAUUGAAGCCUUUUGUGGAGUGGAGAUGUGCACAGAUCCAUACGUGGAAGAUGACCCUUUUCUUACUGAUGAUGUAUGAAGCUAUCUCAUUUAACAUCGUUAAAGACAGCAGGAAUUUUGUGUGAGGAACUACACCACAAAUCUUGAAGCAGAGAUAACUUGGCAGUAUAGCGCGUAUUCCCUGGACAGGAAUAUAGAAUAAACGGUUUUAUGAUAAAUGACACAGCUGAGCACUCUGAAAACUUCCUCUAGCACAGAAUGUGCUUACUGCUGGGCUCACACCCAGAUUUGCACCUGAUCAGUCAGGCUGGUUGGGAGCACAGAUUUUCAUUGUAACACCUUCACUGGGCUCAUUGCUCAGCACGAAUAUACUACCCUAUACACCUUUAUUCUUAUGUCUUUUAUUCCAGCUGUCAAGACUUGGGAAGACAGCCUUGCCAGGGGCCACCAGGGAGAAAAAUAUCCAGAAAAGCCAAGAUAUAUAUUCUUUCCAACGUUUCCAGCUAAAGCAGUUUUUCUUAAUGCUAUAAAAAAUGUGAAAUCCCUUCCCUGGUUUCCAAGCCGGGAUGGAAGUAGAGGUGUGUGAGGAGUGGAAAUGGGUGGUGUGAAGAAUUCCUGAUUGGAUGUGAGGAUAGAGCAUUGAAGCACAGGGCUCCAGCUCAGCCUGCGCUGUUUGUAACCCUUAGGAUUCUGGCCAUGAAGAUGGGAAGUUCAUUUUCAGCCAGUCCCUUGCCCCAUGCCUCAGUUUCCCCAGCUGGUAGUUGGAAUAAUCCAAUCCAGGCAUUGUGUGUGGUACCUGGAGAGGCAAACAUGAAAAGUGUGGUGUGUGGGAGACCUACAUACCGCAACACUGGCUUUGAUUUUUGUGUGAAGGUCAUGACCAUCUGCUGGAACUUGUUCUUUCAAGGAGAAUCCACACUUCUUCAGCAUACAAUCCAUGAACUGUAAUGCACAGACCCUAGUUUCUCCUGCAUAGAUGGCAAAGCUUCAUAUCGGCCAAAAAAUAGGGCCAAUAAAUGGUGUCUGUAGUAGCUAUGAAUCUUUAGAAUUAGUUGUUCAAGUCCAGAUUGCAAGUCUAUGAAACGACCAACAAAAAUGAAAUUAGGGAGAUUUAUCGUGAGCAGUUAUUUCACGCUGGUUUAGGUUUCAGCAAGAGAUCAGACAAGUGAAAUAGCACAAAGACUUAAAUUAAGUAGCAAUACUCUACGAAAAAGCCUUGUUUAUUCUUCUGACCUAGCUGUGUCAUUUGUCACUUUACAACACGGCAGUCAGAACGCUGGUGGGAGCUCCUGGUUGUGCUCGAAAGGUGCUUUAUCAAGCUGCAGAUAUUAACAUUGCAGUGAACAAGGGAAGAUUUGUUUUUAAGAAGAAUUGGAGGCAUCCCGUUGCAUGAGACAAAGCCCUCUGAGCAAUAACAAAUAAAGCCACAAAUAGAAGACUGAUGGUACCGAUAUAAUCCUCUCUGGAUGUACUGAGCAUGCCUUCCAGUAGCUCAGCACAGCUCCUGAUCUCAGCUGAUGUUUAUGUAUGUACUCAUGUCUAUGUACCAGGUACCUUGUCCUGCUCUUUGGCACCUGCCCUUGUCCCUGCUCCGGGCAGGAUGCUUUCAGCCCAGUUCCUUAGGGGUGUCCUUGUCCUUUGGACACCGGGGCGCCUCAGUGUCCAUGUACGUGUCUCACACCCCACAGCCAGGCUGGCUGUCCCUCCCUUGGUCAGGCAGGGGCUGACUCAUGGCCCCUUCCUCACUUUCCAUGUGGUCAUUUCUAAAGCGCCUUCCUUCCCUAUUCCCCACCUGUGCACAUGGAUUUAUUUUUACCCGCUGACCGCAUCUUCCUCUUCUUCAAAAUCAUUUGUGGAAAGCUAACGUCAACUUGGUUUAAUUAAAGCCUCUGCAUGUUUAUCACGUCUUUAAAUCAUUUCCUUCAAGCAGUCUUCAUUCGAAGUUCUCACUUUGUCAAAACACUAUCCAAAACCACAGCUCGGGGCACAGUGGGAAGCGCACAAAGGGAGAGCGGAGCAGCGGGGAAGUUUGGGUGAGCUGCUUGCUGCGAGCCCACCCCUCCAAGACCUUUAUUUCCCCCUGCGGCAGCUGUCAUCUGAUCCCACGCUUUGGCUUUGAAUGGGGCUCUCUGAGGAUGCCAGAUGUUGGGAACAAAGGUCUAAAAAUAAUCUUUCCAAGUAAUCUUCCCAUCUAUCAUUCAAGGAGAGCGUGUGCUUUGUGUGAACAUGUGAGCUGAGAACCUGAUCUAACUUUGCGGAAAGAAGUUCAACGGCAGCUCCUGGCUUCUGCUUGCGGGCUCCUUUUUUUUUUCCCCCCCUUUCCCUUCCCAGAAGCCGCACAGCAGAGAGCUCUCCAGCGAGCAGCCCUCACGCUCCCUCCCUCUCCCUCCCUCCCUCCUUGCCAGCACUCUGAAUCGCCCGGAUCCUGGAAAGCCGGGCUCCCUACUUGAUCCCUCAUUGGGAAAAUGGAUUCCAGGAUGCUGUCGGAGCUGCGUUUCUGUAAAAAGAUCUUCGCUGUGGCUUUGUGUGUCUUAGUUCUGCUGGCAGAUUCAGGCUGCGCGAGGAAUCUCUGGAAACGGGCUCUACAUCUGAAAAUGACGGAGAAAUAUGAUGAUUAUGAGUACCCUCUUCAUUCUCACAGUGCCCACUACCAGAAGAACGACCGCUGCCCACCGCCGCCCCAGACCUUGCCGGACCGAGCCUGCGAGGUGCCCAGCUGCCGCUCCGACUCCGAGUGCGAGAGGCACAAGCGCUGCUGCUACAACGGCUGCAUCUACGCCUGCCUGGAGUCUGUGCAGCCACCACCAGUUUUGGACUGGUUGGUUCAGCCCAAACCCCGCUGGCUGGGAGGAAAUGGGUGGCUUUUGGAUGGCCCAGAGGAAGUCUUACAAGCUGAGGCCUGCAGCACCACUGAGGAUGGAGAUGAGCCUCUGCAUUGCCCCACAGGGUAUGAGUGCCAUAUCAUCAACCCCGGCAACACAGCCGAAGGAAUCCCUAACAGGGGCCAGUGCAUCAAGCUCCGUGGAAAUCCGGAUGGACGUAACCUGAGGCAUAAGUAUUACAAGGAGUAUUUUGGCAGCAGUUCCAACAACGUGGUCGGCUAUGUGAAAAACCAGCAGAAGCAUUUGGGUUAAUCAAAAGUGUGUCUGGCUGGAUCACUCUGUUAAGCAGCUUUCAAGGAAUAAUUUACUCAACAGUUAUGUUUUGGAAGAGUUCUAGUCCCAAAUCUCCAUGAAGCCAUCUCCAGCAUUACCCCGAUCCCUGCCCACCAAUGAUAAAGACUUUGAUUUUCAAGAAACAGGAUGAGUCUAGAUUUUAAACCUAUCAGCAUGGGGAGGAGUGUGAUCCCCUGAAAGAAACCACGCCGUUUAUGAGCUGUCUUUCCACUGAAGAAAUGUAAAUACCACGGAGCGGACACCUGCAAACCACAGUGCCCUUAUCAGGCUGCUGGCACACAGUGUGUG